GAAAUCGGCUUGCUUGUUUCUCAACACAAGCAUGGAAAAAGUAAAGAGUUUUUAAAUCGAAAACCCAUCAAACGCCAGUUGCACUUAAAACUAUUCCAGUCACCCGAGGUAAAGACAAACUGCGGUAGUGAGUUAAUUCUGUUCCUGCAUGUAUGAUGCCAUCCAAGACUGAAGACUAUGAGGUGAUGCUCACCAUCGGCUGCGGAUCUUAUGGGAAAUGCCAGAAAAUUAAGAGGAGAUCAGAUGGAAAGAUUCUGGUAUGGAAGGUUCUGGACUAUGGCACCAUGGCCGAGGCAGAGAAACAGAUGCUGGUGUCAGAGGUCAAUCUACUCCGAGAGUUGAAGCAUCCAAAUAUCGUUCGAUAUUACGACCGAAUUAUAGACCGGACAAAUACAACGUUAUAUAUAGUGAUGGAGUACUGUGAGGGUGGAGAUCUUGCCAGUCUCAUCAACAGAUGCAUCAAAGAGAGACGAUACCUAGAGGAGGAAUUUAUCUUGCGUGUUUUGGCACAGUUGUCUCUGGCAUUAAAAGAGUGUCAUGGUAGAAGUGACGGCAGCAGUACAGUUCUGCACCGUGACCUGAAACCUGCAAACAUCUUCUUGGAUGUCAAACAGAAUGUAAAGCUUGGCGAUUUUGGUUUGGCUCGAAUACUCAACCAUGACACGAGCUUCGCCAAAACAUUUGUAGGAACUCCAUAUUAUAUGUCACCAGAACAGAUUAAUCGAAUGUCCUACAACGAAAAAUCUGAUAUAUGGUCGUUGGGAUGUUUACUCUAUGAGCUAUGUGCUUUAUCUCCCCCAUUCACAGCAUACAACCAAACUGAGUUGGCCGGAAAAAUCAGAGAAGGGAAGUUUAGAAGAAUUCCUUACCGAUACUCUGAGGAUCUGAACACACUCCUGUCAAGAAUGCUUAACUUAAAGGAUUACCUGAGACCCUCGGUGGAGUCCAUUCUGCAGAACAGCCUGAUCUCGGGACAUGUGGUCCAGGAACAGAAGAAGCUGCUGGAGAAACAGCGCCGCAAGUCAGUGGAUGUUGAGCAGCCCAAACAGACAGAGUUGGCACUUCUGGCAGAGCUGCGGCUGAAGGAGCAGAUUCUACGUGAGCGCGAGCAGACCCUCAAAGAACGAGAGCAGCGAUUAGAGCAAAGGGAACAGGAGCUGUGUGUCAGAGAACAACAAUCAAAUGAAAAGCUGGCCAGAGCUGAGAACUUGUUGAAGGCCUAUAAUUUGAUGCGCCAGCAAAGGACGCCAUCUCUAAUCAGUGACACAGAAAAUGAAGAGAAUGUCUCUCCAGGAAAGAAGAGGCUUCAUUUUGCAGGUGACGGCAAGGAGAACAGCAAACCUGAAAGGAGACCGUCUGCUAAAUCUCAAGAGCAGUGUCUUGUGAAGAGGCACCAGUGGGAAAACAUGCAUAUCCAGGCUCUUGAUGAAAAGGAAAAGCUGUACCCACUAAAGCCCAGAGAAAUGCAGGGCAUUCGCUAACCGCAUGCAUCAAACGAGAGCAAUUUACUACUGAAAACAUUGAUGCUGUCAAUCAAGUGAAGAGGCUUUUUAGCAGUGUACAUUAGGACGCUUUAAUUUAUUUGCGACAGCAUUUGUACAGUACAGCGGCAAAAGUAUAAGGCUGUUGAUUUUCAUUUAAUGCAUUUGAGAUGGGAAUCACACCAGACGAUUUUAUUAAAUGAUAAUGAGCUAACAUUCUUGCCAUUUUAUAAGUGUAUUACU